AUGGCAGACAUGAAAGUCGAUCCCAAAGAUGGUCUGGCCGUCCAGGACUUAUCUACGCUUGAUGUCUCCAAGCUGACGCCCCUGACUCCGGAAGUCAUCAGCAGACAGGCAACGAUGAAUGUUGGCACUAUCGGCCAUGUUGCCCACGGAAAAUCUACUGUAGUGAAGGGCCUCUCCGGCACGCACACAGUCAAAUUCAAGGCAGAGAAAGAGCGUAACAUUACCAUUAAGUUGGGCUACGCAAAUGCGAAAAUCUACAAGCGCGAUCCUGGGGAGGGAGAUCAGGAUCACCCAUAUUGGUCUGCUGGCAGUUCCACACCAGAUGUGGUGGACGACAUGAGGUUGGUUCGCCAUGUGUCGUUCGUGGACUGCCCUGGGCACGAUAUUCUCAUGGCCACGAUGCUCAACGGAGCGGCCGUCAUGGACGCAGCUCUCCUAGUUAUUGCAGGAAACGAGACGUGCCCACAGCCUCAGACUUCAGAGCAUCUUGCAGCCGUGGAAAUCAUGCGACUCAAGCACAUCAUCAUCCUUCAGAACAAGGUCGAGCUGAUCAAGCAACAGGAGGCUGAAUCCCGCUACGAAGAGAUCAAGAAGUUCGUAGCUGGCACAGCAGCUGACAGCUCGCCUAUUAUCCCCAUCAGCGCAGUUCUGAAGUACAAUCUGGAUGUGAUUUGUGAGUACCUUUGCACGCAAGUGCCGAUUCCACCUCGGGACUUUACGUCGAAUCCGGUCAUGAUUAUCAUUCGAUCCUUCGACGUCAACAGGCCGGGUGAGGAGGUGGCCAACCUGAAGGGAGGUGUUGCUGGCGGUUCCAUCCUCAAGGGAGUCCUGAAAAUGGGAGAUGAGAUCGAGAUUAGGCCAGGCAUCGUCACCAAAGAUCCCAACAACGCGGAUAACGUUCAGUGCCGUCCAAUCCGCUCCCGAAUCAUGUCCCUGCUUGCCGAGCAGAACGCGCUGCAGUUCGCCGUCCCAGGCGGCCUCAUUGGCGUUGGCACCAAGAUCGACCCCAAGCUGACCCGUGCAGACAAGCUUGUGGGCCACGUGCUGGGGCAUCCAGGUAAACUUCCGAGUAUCUACAUUGAGAUCGAGGUGAAGUUCUAUUUGCUGCGACGGCUGCUGGGAGUCAAGACAGAUGGCGAUGGCAAGGCUGGCAAGGUGGCGAAGCUCAAGAAGGGCGAGAUCCUCAUGGUCAACAUUGGAUCCACCGCUGCAGGAGGAAGAGUACUUGGCAUCAAGGACGACAAUGAUUAUGCCAGAAUCACCCUCACACACCCUGUGUGCACACAGGAGGGCGACAAGGUUGCCCUGAGCCGAAGGAUCGACAAGCACUGGCGUCUCAUUGGAUGGGGCAGCAUUGCCAAGGGAGCAACAGUCAAGCCAAUGAGUUCGUAG